AUGGAUCACGAAGGAUUUCACUAUAUAAUAAAUAAAACUCGUGGAGGUAAACGUUACUAUAUCUGUGCUACACCUAAUGUGUACUGCAAAGGCACAGCUAUACAAAUGGAAAAUGGCACUAUUAUAGCUAAAAAAGCUCACACUCAUGAAGCUCAUGGUCCAAUGUUUAAUGAGCAAGAAGUUAUUAAACGUUUUAGGAGCACUUUGGUUGAAAGAUCAAAGACAGAGACUACGCCUCUAAAAGUUAUAUAUGAUGAAGAAAUAGUUAGGAAUCCGGAUGCGGCUUUAGUGUAUAGUUGGCCUACAGCGGAGUCUUCCAUGCGGCAGUCGCGAAGAAGUGUUUGUCCAGCAGUACCAUCCACAUUACGCGAGUUAGGGGAAUACUUGGAUAUGAAUACUGAUAGGUAUCAAUGCAACAACUAUAAUUUUUACCAGGAAUGGAUAGUGGACAAUGAUGGAAAGUAUAGCGUGAUGUUUGCGUGCCAAGAAAUCAUUAGUGCUGUAGUGCAUCAGGGGGCCACGGAACUACACGCUGAUGCAACGUUCAAAGUAGUGCCGUCAAUGCCUCAUUGUAGACAACUGUUUAUGUUGCAUUUGAUUCUGCAAAAUCACUCUGUUCCUGUAUGCUUUGUAUUGAUGGAAGUAAAGACUGAGGCUGCAUAUAGGAAAGUUUUGGAAAGAUUUUCUCGUAAAUUUCCCGAAGUCAGACCAUUGACAAUCAUGAUUGACUUCGAAACUGCACUCCGCAACGUCUUCUCUGAUGUAUACCCUGAAGCGACAGUAUCUUCGUGUUGGUUUCAUUUUGUACAGAGUUUGCAGAAAAAUAUAAAGAAGAUGGGCUACUCAAACCACGUACAACAGCACAGAGAAGCUAAAAUGUGCUUGAGAAUGUGUGCAGUAUUAGCACUAUUGCCUGCUCAUCAGAUCGAGCAGGGUUUUCAAGACAUAAAAAUGCAUGCCCAAAAUAAUGGUGUUUUGUUACCGAGAUUUUUUACAUAUUUUACUAGUUUUUGGCUAACUAGCAAAGGCCCAGAGUGUUUUUCGGUUUACAACCAACCACGCCGAACGAACAAUAACGUGGAAAGUUUCCAUUCGAAUCUUAAACAGACUUUUCAAGUGUCACACCCAAAUUUGUGGAGAAUGUUGGAUCACUUGAAAAAUAUAUCCAUUAAGCAGCAUAUUGUAAUUAAUCAAUUGGCAGCAGGAAUGGCUACAACACGAAACACAAAAUUCAAAUUUAUUUUAAAUAGCUUGCGUAUAAAGCAUACAACAGCUCUACUUGCUACAGGAGCAAUAACAAUAAAAGAAUUUUUGCUGCAGUGCUCACACUGUGUGGAUGGAUAUCUCACCAGGGAACUAAAUUGGCAUAAUGCUACCGAUGAUUCUGAAGAUGACACACCAGAUGAUCAAAUUCCCCUUCCUGCAAUACAAAACGUUGAAGCUGCCAGAUUGGAUAAUCCAGUUAUUAAUAAUGGAGAAGAUUCUGAAGAUGAGGUCCAAGAUGGGCAAAUUAAUGCACCUCCCCAGGAAGUACCAAAUGUAGAUGGAAAUCCAGGUCUUAUAAAUAUAGAUGAACAAAAUGAUACUUCUUAUAAUGAGGCUGAUUUCUUCGUACCUGAAGACUUAGCUCUAGAUUUUUGGCAAGUAAAUUAUGCAAGUGACGAAGAAGAUGAAGUUCCGUAUGCCCCCGUCCCUCAAAAUAUAGAAGAAUAUUUACCCCAGGGAAAUGUAGAGGACAUCUGUGUGAUCUGCCAUGAAAGUCGUAGAACACAUGCCCUGAUACCAUCUGGCCAUAAGGUGUUGUGUGUCGAUUGUGUGUCGAGGUUGGACUCCGAUCGGUGUCCAAUAUGCAAUACCAAUUUCAAUAUUGCUAUAAGAAUAUGGGAAUAG